AUGUCAGCUGUAUUUGAGCGGGAGGAUCCUCAGCUUGCCCCAUCUUCUGUAUGGGGCAUGGCUAGGACAUGUGCCAUCUUUGAGGAGAACGCAGCCAAGGACGACAGGGUGUUCCAGUUGGCUGUAUCAGACCUGAGCCUCAAUGAUGACAUCCUGCAGAGUGAGAAGAUCACUUACUCCAUCAAGGUCAUCGAGGCCAAUAACCCGUUCCAGGCGGUGCAGGAAGCCUGUGACCUCAUGACCCAGGGAAUUUUGGCCUUGGUCACAUCCACAGGCUGUGCAUCUGCCAACGCCCUGCAGUCCCUCACAGACGCCAUGCACAUCCCACACCUCUUUGUUCAGCGCAACCCGGGGGGUUCACCACGUACUGCCUGCCACCUGAACCCUAGCCCUGACGGUGAGGCCUACACACUGGCUUCGAGACCACCUGUCCGUCUCAAUGAUGUCAUGCUCAGGCUCGUGACAGAACUGCGCUGGCAGAAGUUCGUCAUGUUCUAUGACAGCGAGUAUGAUAUUCGUGGGCUCCAAAGCUUUCUGGACCAGGCCUCAAGGCUGGGCCUCGACGUCUCUUUACAAAAGGUGGACAAGAAUAUCAGUCACGUGUUCACCAGUCUCUUCACCACCAUGAAGACAGAGGAGCUGAACCGCUACCGGGAUACACUGCGCCGUGCCAUCCUACUGCUUAGCCCACAAGGGGCCCACUCCUUCAUCAAUGAGGCUGUGGAGACCAACCUGGCUUCCAAGGACAGUCACUGGGUAUUUGUGAAUGAGGAAAUCAGUGAUCCCGAGAUCCUGGAUCUGGUCCACAGUGCCCUUGGCAGGAUGACCGUGGUCCGGCAAAUCUUCCCAUCUGCGAAGGACAACCAGAAAUGCAUGAGGAAUAACCACCGCAUCUCUUCCCUGCUCUGUGAUCCACAGGAAGGCUACCUCCAAAUGCUGCAGAUCUCCAAUCUCUACCUGUAUGACAGUGUUCUGAUGCUGGCCAACGCCUUCCACAGGAAGUUGGAGGACCGGAAAUGGCACAGCAUGGCAAGCCUUAACUGCAUAAGGAAAUCUACCAAACCAUGGAAUGGAGGAAGAUCCAUGCUAGACACAAUUAAAAAGGGACACAUCACUGGCCUCACAGGAGUUAUGGAGUUUCGGGAAGACAGCUCAAAUCCCUACGUCCAGUUUGAAAUCCUUGGCACAACCUAUAGUGAGACCUUUGGCAAAGAUAUGCGCAAGCUGGCAACCUGGGACUCGGAGAAGGGCUUGAAUGGCAGUCUGCAGGAGAGGCCCAUGGGCAGCCGCCUCCAAGGACUGACUCUCAAAGUGGUGACUGUCUUGGAAGAGCCUUUUGUGAUGGUGGCUGAGAACAUCCUUGGACAGCCCAAGCGUUACAAAGGGUUCUCCAUAGAUGUGCUGGAUGCAUUGGCUAAGGCUCUGGGAUUCAAGUAUGAGAUAUACCAGGCCCCUGAUGGCAGGUAUGGUCACCAGCUCCAUAACACCUCCUGGAAUGGAAUGAUCGGAGAGCUCAUUAGUAAGAGAGCAGACUUGGCUAUCUCUGCUAUCACCAUCACCCCAGAGAGGGAGAGUGUUGUGGACUUCAGCAAGCGAUACAUGGACUACUCCGUAGGGAUCCUAAUCAAGAAGCCCGAGGAGAAAAUCAGCAUCUUCUCCCUUUUUGCUCCCUUUGAUUUCGCGGUGUGGGCCUGCAUUGCAGCAGCUAUCCCCGUGGUUGGUGUGCUCAUAUUCGUGUUGAACCGGAUCCAGGCUGUGAGAGCUCAGAGCACUGCCCAGCCCCGACCCUCUGCUUCUGCCACCCUGCACAGUGCCAUCUGGAUUGUCUAUGGAGCUUUUGUUCAGCAAGGUGGCGAGUCUUCUGUGAACUCUGUGGCCAUGCGCAUUGUGAUGGGCAGCUGGUGGCUCUUCACCCUCAUUGUAUGUUCCUCCUACACAGCCAACCUUGCUGCUUUUCUCACAGUGUCCCGGAUGGACAACCCCAUAAGGACAUUUCAGGACCUGUCCAAGCAACUGGAGAUGUCUUAUGGCACUGUCAGGGAUUCUGCUGUCUAUGAGUACUUCAGAGCCAAGGGUACCAAUCCCCUGGAGCAGGAUAGCACUUUUGCUGAGCUCUGGCGGACCAUAAGCAAGAAUGGAGGCACUGACAACUGUGUAUCCAAUCCUUCGGAAGGCAUCAGGAAGGCCAAGAAGGGGAACUACGCCUUUCUGUGGGAUGUGGCCGUGGUGGAGUAUGCAGCCCUGACAGAUGACGACUGCUCAGUGACUGUCAUCGGCAACAGCAUCAGCAGCAAGGGCUACGGGAUUGCCCUGCAGCAUGGCAGCCCCUACAGGGACCUCUUCUCCCAGAGGAUCCUGGAGCUGCAAGACACAGGGGACCUGGAUGUGCUCAAGCAGAAGUGGUGGCCACACACAGGCCGCUGUGACCUCACCAGCCAUUCCAGUGCCCAGGCUGAUGGCAAAUCCCUUAAGCUGCACAGCUUUGCUGGGGUCUUCUGCAUUUUGGCCAUUGGCCUUCUUCUCGCUUGCCUUGUGGCUGCCCUAGAGUUGUGGUGGAACAGCAACCGGUGCCACCAGGAGACCCCCAAAGAGGACAAAGAGGUGAAUCUGGAGCAGGUACACCGACGCAUAAACAGCCUCAUGGAUGAAGACAUUGCUCAUAAGCAAAUUUCUCCAGCGUCCAUUGAGCUCUCUGCCCUGGAGAUGGGGGGCUUGGCGCCAAGCCAAGCUUUGGAGCCCACAAGGGAGUACCAGAACACCCAGCUCUCAGUCAGCACCUUUCUGCCUGAACAAAGCAGCCAUGGCACCAGCCGGGCAUUGUCAUCAGCACUCAGCAGCAACCUGCCACUGCCGCUGAGCAGUUCAGCCACCAUGCCCUCUAUUCAGUGCAAACACAGGUCGCCCAAUGGGGGACUGUUCCGACAGAGCCCUGUGAAGACCCCCAUCCCUAUGUCGUUUCAGCCCGUGCCUGGAGGCGUCCUCCCGGAGGCUCUGGACACCUCUCAUGGCACCUCUAUCUGA